AUCAAAUCAAACCACCGGCGUAGAGCGAAUGGCAGCGGAGCCGCGAGGGGCGGCCGCCCACGAGCGGGACGGCGGCGGCGCCAUCACCGACGCCCUCUCCCUCUUCGCCUCCCGCCUCUCCCGCCGCAGGUUUGGGGACGAUGAGCUGCGGGUACUUGAGGCGGCGCUCUCCAGCGGCGGCGACGUGGCCGCCAUGCUAGCAACGCGCUCGGAAGCCCGGCGGCUGCUACGGGAGCGUUCGACCGAGGCGUUCGCUGCGGCCGCGGCUGAGGAGGCCGGGGCGAGGCUCUCCGUCGCCGAUUUCUUCGCGCGCGCCUUCGCCCUCGCGGGCGAUGUCGAGAGCUGCCUUGCUACGAGAUAUGAAGCGCUGCUUCUGCGAGAGGCCAAGUACUCCGACGACCCACAUCUGCAUGUAUCACAUGAUGAAUGGCUAACCUUUGCACAGGACUCUCUUGAUAAUGGAUUCUACGCCAUUGCUUCCAAGGCUUUUGCAAAUGCUCUUGUUCACAAUCAUUCCAGCACCUUGGACUCCACUAAUCCAAUUCUGAAGAAGAGCAAGAUCAAUGAUAUAAGAGGACUCCAAAACUUGGCCAAGUCAUUAUCUGGACAGCGUUCUGUUCAGGCACAAUCUGCUGAAUACAUGAAAAGGAAAGCUCCAAGCAUUAGUGAAAAGUGCAAUUUACAAUCAGAAAAACCGAAGUUACCGGGAAACAUGAUGUUUAGGUUAGGGAUCAAAACAAGGAAUACACAAAAACUACUCUGUAGCCGCAAGAGGAACUUAGAAGAUGUCUAAUUUCAAGCAUUAUCAGUGUGACUUUUCCCCCAAGACCGAGAAGAGUGGCUUGAUCUUUCUUCCAAGCCAUUUUGAUACAAGAGGUGAAUUUUCAUGCAUUUGUUUUACUUUCGUACCGUACUUUGAACUUCUUGGUCUAGUAUCUAUUGAGUAUCUGCAACACGUACCAUCGCUAUAUUUCAUUUCAUCUCACUUAUGGAUUGGAUCUUUACGGAGUACUUUGAUAGCUGGGGAUAUUCUCUUCCAUCAUUAACUUUCCUUCUUUGAGUACAUCCAUACCUCUAUAUGUGGCUCCUUCUCAGAUUGCAAUGAUUAGUGCUUUGAUCAAAAGAAGACCACUUUGAACUUUCUCUCUGUAAGAUAACUAUGUUACGUCAUACGUCUGAUUAUGUAAGAUCGAUAUGUUGGGUUUCUA